GUUGGUUCUUGGAUUUGCGUACAUUUAAAGGUUCUCGAUCUCAUCUGUACCCCAGCAGUGCAAUCUAUACAGGGUACCCCACCUGGUUUUGACUGAAGGAAACAGUGUAAUUGUUUCGUUGCUCAUCCGAAAGCUUGCUCUAUUUCGUCGCUUUUCUACACAGAAAAAAGCAAACCGUAAGAGCAAGAGCUGACGGCUGACUUCCAGAAUUGACUCGAUCAUGACAUCCGCUUUCAGCUUUGGCUUUGGGGGAGAUGAUAUCGAUGUCGACGAUGCUGAGAUCAACGAAGUCAAUCAGGCGGACUUCACUUUUCGGAAAAGCGUCAGUGAUGCUCUGCCCGAGUUGGUGCCAGCCAGGCGUCAUGAUAUGGCAGAGUGGAUUUCAUCUCUUCCCUCGCAAAUCUCGUACAACAAGCUUGCUAUCCAUACUUCCCAGCAUGGAAGUUCAGGGAAUUCAGUGACACUUGCACGCCGCGAUGUAUUCGACAUCCGGACUCAAUUAAUGGCAGAGGAUACUGCUGAAGAUCGGGAAGAUAACUACGAGCUGAUUACCGGCCUCGAAAAGGGCGACAUCAAACCCAAUUUCUACGAGGGCGGCUUUAAGACUUGGGAAUGUGCCCUGGACCUGGCCAAAUCGCUUCUCGACGCCAAUGUACUGGGAGGGACCGACAGGAAUCAGCACUUCAUUGAGCUGGGCGCAGGCACUGCGAUUCCAUCAUUGGCUCUUUUCGCGCAGUUGCUUUCGGUAGAACCUAACUCUCAGCGAAGGGUUCAAUUCACAUUCGCGGACUACAAUUCCGCUGUACUCCGUCUGGUCACUUUCCCGAACCUGCUCCUGACAUGGAACUAUAUCACCGCCACCCAGGGAAACCCGCCAUCUGCCGAAUGUGAUGUUACCGAGGAUGCGGAGCUAGACAUCACCCCUGAGCUUGUCGAGAGAUUCACGAAAGAUUUGGAAAGACGAGGCAUCACUAUUGAGUUUAUCUCCGGCGCUUGGUCGCCCGAGUUUGUGGAUUUGGUGUUCUCGUCCGGAGAAAAGAGUACAAGCGAUGCGUUGGUCCUUGCGAGCGAGACGAUCUACUCGCCUGCCUCGCUGCAGGCCUUUUCGGAAACGUUGGUUGCCUUAUUGCGUCGGCCUGCGCAGGGGGGAGUUCCAAGCAGGGCUUUGAUAGCGGCGAAGAAGGUUUACUUCGGUGUGGGUGGUGGCGUGGACGAGUUCCUUGCUGUGCUUGAGGGUGUCAGUGGCGGCGGAUUGACGGUGCAGGAGCGAGUGGAUAUCAAAUCUGAAGGUGUUGGCAGAGUAAUUCUGGAGAUUGUGCUUGGAUAAUCGUUGUCAUGCUAUGUUGGAACGAUAUACUAAUCAGC